AUGCUUACGCGAUUCCACAUCUAUUUCGUGCAGAAGCUAACUCAGGCAGUCGGUGAGAGGGAGGUUGGUGCAGGCCUUCACGUGGCCUAUCAGUGGUGCAAGAUACUAGAUCAUUUUGACAAGAUUCUGCAGCAGGGGACUACAGACGAGAAAUUCCUCGUCAUGGGAACCCCACAUUACCGUCGAGAGCAUGUUCUGGCGGAGAUACUCAAAUACUGUGGUACAUAUUUCGCCAAAGUAGAACGUGGUGAAAUUGCUGGAGAGGAAGAGAAGGUGGACAACUUGGACCAUCAUGGGCCUGUCGCAGAGGACACAGGUCCCCCGCCAGAGAUUGAUGCGGAAAUAGUCGCUGGUUUGGAAGACGAGCAGGAAAGUCUGAAUGUCGUAGGCGAAUUGGAGGAAGAGGUGCAGAGGUCGGAACUGGAGACUAGGGUGGUGUAUCAGAGACGGGAGGCACGAACAAAGAAGAGGUAUGAUCUGGGGCGAGAGGAGCGUCCUCGGGAGGAGGAAGAUCAUGAGAGGGAGGAAGAGAGGAAGAUGGAGCGCGAAAAGGAGGAGAAGCGGCAGGAGGAAGAGCGGAAGAGGGAGGAUGAGAGGAAUUCGGAGCGCGAAAAGCUGGAGAAGUGGCAGAGGGAGGAGGAAGAGCGCAAGGAGGAGGAGAAGAAGGUGGAGCGCGAAAAGGAGGAGAAGCGACAGCGCGAGGAAGAAGAGCAGAAGAGGGAGGAGGAAAAGAAGGUGGAGCGCGAAAAGGAGGAGAAGCGGCAGAGGGAGGAGAAAGAGCGGCUGAGGGAGGAUGAGAGAAAGGCGGAGUGCGAAAAGAAGGAGAAGCGGCGGAGGGAGGACAAAGAGCGGAAGGAGGAGGAAAAGAAGGUGAAGCGCGAAAAGGAGGAGAAGCGACAGCGGGAGGAGGAAGAGCAGAAAAGGGAGGAGGAAAAAAAGGUGGAGCGAGAAAAGGAGGAGAAGCGGCAAAGGGAGGAGGAAGCGCGGAAGAGGGAGGAGGAACAGGUUGAGCGCGAAAAAGAGGAGACUCGGCAAAAAGAGGAGAAAGAGCAGCAGAGAGAGGAUGAGAGAAAGGCGGAGCGCGAAAAGGAGAAGCAGCGGAGGGAGGAGGAAGAGCGAAAGGAGGAGGAAAAGAAGGUGGAGCGCGAAAAGGAGGAGAAGCGGCAGCGGGAGGAGGAAGAGCAGAAAAUGGAGGAGGAAAAAAAGGGGGAGUGCGAAAAGGAGGAGAAGUGGCAGAGGGAGGAGGAAGCGCGGAAGAGGGAGGAGGAACAGGUUGAGCGCGAAAAAGAGGAGACUCGGCAGAUGGAGGAGAAAGAGCGGCAGAGGGAGGAUGAGAGAAAGGCGGAGCGCGAAAAUGAGAAGCAGCGGAGGGAGGAGGAAGAGCGGAAGGAGGAGGAAAAGAAGGUGGAGCGCGAAAAGGAGGAGAAGCGGCAGCGGGAGGCAGAAGAGCAAAAAAGGGAGGAGGAAAAAAAGGUGGAGCACGAAAAGGAGGAGAAGCGGCAGAGGGAGGAGGAAGGGCGGAAGAGGGAGGAGGAACAGGUUGAGCGCGAAAAAGAGGAGACUCGGCAGAGGGAGGAGAAAGAGUGGCAGAGGGAGGAUGAAGAGUAA